AGUCACUGUCUCUGUAUCAUAGUUACGAAGCAUGCUCGGGCAUAUCACCAACAUGUCAGGAAGAGUCACCCCAGUGUGUGCAACCUGGUGCUUCUUCCUGGUAGCUUCGAUCAUCCUUUUUCGCUUUCACCCCGAAUACAAGAAGGAGCUGCACUUAGACUGGAGGAGCAUCAUCAAAGGAGGACAGCAGUAUCGGCUGAUCACAAACUUUCUUUGCUUUGGAGGGAAGUUCGACAUGGCCAGCAUGAUCAAUCUCUUCUUCUUAUGUCAGUCAGGCAUGAGGAUAGAAUUAGGGAGGAGCUUUCGGUUUCUCCUCGCCUUGUCAUUAUGUGGAACGGGUCUGCUGUAUUGUGACUAUCACAGGCUCUUCUACACGAGACAUUCCCCCUGGACUAGCCAUCGUCUCAUCCUCUCCCUGAUCUGUCUUGAGAGCUGGUCCCAUCCGACCGAGCUCACCACUCUUCCUCCUCUUCCUCUUCCACCUUUUCCUUGUUGGCUCCUUCCGGCGAUGAUAUGUGCUCAGAAUCAUUUUCUGUUCGGUGCUCCAUGGCAAAGUAUGAUUGCCCCAGCUGCCUGCAGUCUGGUGUGCGCAGUAAUUUUGAUGAUCUACGACGAGUUGUCCUUCAUGGUCUUCUCUCGCACUCAUAUCAAGGACCCAACUCGUUUAAAUGAACUUCUUGGUGAGCAUGGACAGCCGGGAAGUCGCAAGUCGAACAAAUACGUCGAUGUCGAUCAGGAUAUGAGCGCUGAUUGGGGAAAAAAUCUCAGUAAUGUGCCAAUUGAUCAGGUCUUUUGAAGCAGUAUCCUAACAAUGCAGUCUCUUC